AUGGUAACAGUGGCGCACUUAUUCCUCUACCGUCUUUUCGCCGUUCUUCCGGAAGGCCAUCACUGCGUUCCGAAGAGAAAACUCGCUCAAUUGUCCUCAGCCGGAGCAAUGUACAUUAUUGGCGUUGUGCCAGCUCCGAUCGCCAGUUAUUUCCUUCUCUGCCCAGACGAAAUUCCUCUCAAGAUAAAAGUCGCCCAGGUUACCAGAUAAAUAACUUUGAAAAAUCAGUUCAAAAUUAUUUUCUGAAAGACACAUCAAAAAAAAUCUCGCAACAAACCCCUCAAAAAAUUACAAAUUGAGAAAAAAACUUUAAGAAAACCCCUUCACUUGGAAUUUCGUGACUAAGCGCUCAUUAUUGUGAAAUUUGAGAAUCUUUUUUCGGAAUUGUACUUUUUUUCUUUAUUUCGAAAAUCCAUUCCGAACUGUCCAAACUUUCAUUUUUUUGACACAAAAGCUUCAAAGUCAGAAAACUCACCUCUCCGCUCAAAAAAACUGCAAAAUGUUGCUUUUUUUGAGUCCUUAAAAACAUGUUGACAUCAAAGAACUUUUUAAAAAUUUUCAUUUCAUUUAAAAAUUACCUUUCUUGUGAGAUUCGAACCGCUAUUCGUGAGAAAAAAACCACCAAAAAAAAUUCACUUAAAAAUAAUCUGAAAAAAAUUCAGGAAUACGGCAUAUGCGCUCCACCGAACCUAUGGGACCCAUUUUUCCUUAUCCUCGACCUGAAAGAUCCCAAAAUCAUACUGGGCUGCUGUCUUUUGAUGUGUCUUUUCUGGGGGACCGGAAUCUCGUGCCUCAGUUUCACGAUCGCCGGUUUCCUACUGCUCAAAGAAUACGCCAGUCAUUACUCGGCUCAAACUGCCAAAAUGCACCGCGCAUUCAUCCUUUCUUUAAUUCUACAGGUGAUUAAAUCUUCAAUCAAUUUCUAAAAGUAUCAGCUAGAAUGCCAUAUAUAUAUAUAUAUAAGGUUUCCAAAUCGAAAAAUAAAUGAGUCCAAGAGGAAAAAGACAAAACGGAGGAAAUCAGACGGGAAAUAAGUGAUACGGACGAAGCAGGUCUUCUUUUCGGCCGUGAAAAAAAGUAACAAUAUAAAUUUAUCUGUAGGUUUAAAAAAAAAGAUCCUAGAAUGUUAAUUUGCUGCGAAAAGAGGCAAUUCCUGACUUUAAAAAAAGUGAAUCGUAACUUCGUUGGUUCUUUUUUUCUCAUCAGAGCGGAAAUCAAAUCUUACAAAAUUAAAAUUACACGCCAUUUUCAAGCGUAAUUUUUUGGAAUUUUUCAGCAGCCAUUAUUUAGAUUUUCUCGCGAAGGCUCGAUCUAGAAGUUGAAAAGAAGCAAAAAGAAUUGUUAUAGCCAUUUGAAAAAUAUGUUUCAUUUUUCCUCAAGUAAAAAAUUAUUGGCAGGUCUCGGCCCACACGAUCAUCUCGGCUGUUCCAAUAAGCGUAAUUCUAGUCAAAUGGUUCAACGACACGUUGACUAACGGUGAGCUUCUUCCUUAUGAUCACAUAAUCUGUUCAGAUUUCGUGAAUGUCAAGUAG